AUGGCUUCAACUUCUGCGUUCGAGCACGGCGACUUUGGCAACUUUAAGCAACUCUCCUCCUUUGACAUCAAGUAUGCGCCGGUCAAAAUUGGAAAGUGGCGGAGCGAAAAGACCGGUCUGAGCGUGGUCGUCGGGAGCUAUGAAGCGCCUAUUACUAACGGCCACUUUGCCAUCGCUUCAGAGAUCUUCGAUGAUACGGGCCGCCCGCACACCCUCGAACAUCUCGUCUUUAUGGGCUCCAAAAAGUACCCUUUCAAAGGCGUCCUGGACCACCUCGCCAACCGAGCGGGCAGUAACGGGACGAACGCUUGGACCGCCAACGACCACACCGCCUACACGAUCGCCACUGCCGGGACCGAGGGUUUCCUCAAGAUGUUGCCAAGUAGGUCACCCUUUGGCCUCGCUGACUUAGUCUACGUCGACCACAUUCUGCACCCCACCAUCACGGACGCUGACUACGUGACAGAGGUCCACCACAUCAACGGCCAGGGCGAGGACGCUGGCGUGGUGUAUAGCGAAAUGCAAGCAAGGGAAAACACCGCUGGCGAUUUGAUGUCUUUAGAUGCUCAACGCCGACUCUACCCGGAGUCAUCAGCCUACAGAAGCGAGACGGGAGGUUUACUCUCCGCCCUCCGCGUCCUCAGUGCCCAACAAAUCCGCGACUACCACAAGACCUACUACGUCCCUCACAAUCUCUGCCUGGUCAUCGACGGCGCUGUCCCCCUCCCUGACCUCUUCAAAGUCCUCAAUGAAGAGGUCGAGCCGAUGAUCCUGGAAACCCUCACCCCUCCCACCGCAUGGAAACGCCCAUUCGUCGAAACGUCCACCUCGAACCCCCUCACCAUCCCCACCUCCACCACCAAAGUCAUCGAAUUCAUGGAAGAGGACGAAUCCAUGGGCGACAUCAAUAUCAACUGGCUCGGUCCCCCGCCGAUGGACUAUGGCGCAAACCUUGCCCUCUCCCUAAUCAACAAAUACCUCACCCACUCCGCCACCGCCCCGCUCCAAAAAGCGUUCGUCGAGAUCGCCAAGCCCUACUGUACCGGAAUCAGCUUUUACGCCGAGGACCGGGUCAACAAGAAUGAGCUCUCGUGCUACAUCUCCGACGUGCCGAUGAAGCACCUGGACACCAUGCGGGACCUGUUCAUGGACAAGCUCAAAACUAUUGUUCAGGAGGGCAAGAUCGACAUGGACAAGAUGGGCCUGUUGAUCCGGCGGGACAAGCGCAAGCUCUUGAACGGGAUGGAGACGGGAAUCUCGAGCACGUUAGCCGACGCGGCGAUUGGAGAUUUCCUCUACGGCGAUAUGCAGGGCAAAGACCUCCCCGACGCCUUUGAGGAUUUGCGGGAUUACGACGUCAUCUCCAAGUACACCGAGAAAGACUGGAUCUCCAUUCUCGACAAAUACUACGUGUCCCAGCCGUGCCUCACCACGAUCGGCAAACCGUCCGCCUCGCUUUCCGCCAAGAUCGAGCAAGACGAAAAGGACCGUAUCGCGCAGCGCAAGGCGGACCUCGGCGAGGACAAGCUCAAGGCGUACCAGAAAGCGCUGGAUGCGGCCAAGGAGGAGUCGGACCGACCGCCUCCGGAAAAGAUGAUAUCGGACUUUCCCCUUACCGAUCCGAAAAGCCUUACCUGGGUCCCGGUCGAGACCGCGAUCAAUAAUGCCCAGGGCGACGCGGUCCGCUCGGACCAGGGCGAGGUGCAAAAACACAUCGACCAGGACGGCUCGGAUCUCCCCUACCAAACCCACUUUUCCCACGUCAAAUCCAACUUUGUCACGGUCACCGCACUCUUCGACACCAUCGCCGUCCCGGCCGAGCUCAGACCCUACUUUUCCAUCUUCCAAAACUCACUCUUCGCUUCCAGCGUCAAGCGCGACGGCAAGAUCCUCUCCCACGAAGAGGUCGUGGAUCAGCUUGACGACUUCACCAUCAGCCAAAACACCUACUUUACCUUCCGAGGUCGGUUCUCGGAAGUUCUCGUCGUCGAGAUGAAGGUGGAAAAGGCGGAAUAUGAAAAGGCGAUUGGGUGGAUCAAGGAUCUCAUGACAGGGCUGAUCUUUGCCAAGGAUAGACUGGAGGUGAUUGUCGCCAAAAUGCUGCAGGAGUUGCCAUACGAAAAGCGGGACGGCGCGCGAGUCGCGGACGCCUACCUCUACUCGCUCGCAUACGACAAUGCCAAGUCGACCUCCGAAUCUUGCUCGCUUCUCAACAUGUUGGAGUUCAUCCCCGCCACCGCGCAGGCGCUCAAAGAGACACCCGACGAGGUCAUCAAGAAGCUCGAGGGGGUCCGACAGUGCCUGCUGGACCCUUCGGUCAUGCGGGUGUCUGUCCGAGGCGACAUUCUCGGCCUUCCCGAGCCCCGCUCCGCGUUGGGCAGGUCCUUCCUUCCCGUCAAGGCUGCACCUCUUACCAAAAUAUCCACAGCAAAAGAUACACUCUCAGCGCUCGGCGAGAAACCCGCAAAGAAGUGCAUCAUCGUCCCAAUGCCGGCAAUCGAGGGAUCGUACUCGGCGCACUACGCCAAAGGUGUCGCUGGCUGGGAUCACCCCGACCUCCCCGCCUUGACCCUUGCGAUCGCUGUCCUCAACGCGAGCGAGAGCUAUCUCUGGAAAGCAGUCCGCGGGAGCGGUCUUGCCUACGGCGCGAGCGUGUCUGCCAGCGCCGAGACUGGUCUGACGUCGUACAGCGUCUACAGAUCCCCAAACGCAAAGCAGGCAUACGACGAGGCGAGAAAGGUUCUCGUUGGUCUUGUGGACGGAUCUGUCGAGCUCGAACAAAACAUCGUCGACGGCGCCCGAUCCAGCUUGACAUACUCCUACGCGCGCGGCUCAGAAACGGUCGGCGCCGCAGCGAGCACCGCCUACCUCGACGAAGUCCUCAAGGGAGUUGGCAAGGACCAAAACAAAAAGAUGCUCGAGACCUUCCCAUCCAUCACCCUCGACCAAAUCCGAAAUGUCAUCAAGCUCUACCUCUUGCCGAUCUUCUCCUCCGACACCUCGAUCUGCGCCGUCACUGUAUCAUCUGGCAAGGCGGAUGAGGUUGAGCAGGGGUUCAAGGACUUGGGAUUCGAGACGGAGCGAAGGAGCUUGCCGGCGAUGGCGGAGGAGAGUGAAAGUGGAAGCGAAAGUGGAAGCGAGAGCGGGAGCGAGAGCGAGUAA